CGGAGUAUACCCAGCAGUUAAUCUCCAACUUUUAACGCGGCACGCAAUGAACUGGAAAAAAAAAUAAUAAAAAAGUAGGUUUUGAUAUUAGAGUGAAUGUCAAUCAAAUAUCUGAUCUGAGACAGCAUAUGCGGGUAGGUACGACUUACGUUCUCGCGUCCUCUUAAUAAUGGGGGAUAACCGGAAAUAUUUACACAAUAACGGUUAAGGCUUAGGUUAGGUCCUUGCAUUGAUAUCAAUGCAUGUUUAAUAUCAAUGACUCAUUAAGAUAUUAAGAUAUUAUCAUGAUUACUUUUGUUAUCUAUUUGGUGUUGAUAAGUGAUAACUGAUCCGAUUGACGGAUGUCGGGUCGAUCUUUGGACAGUCGACAGUCUUAACGUUUUUACUUAUUUAGUUUUCUAGGAACUAGUUUUUGUACUUUUUUAGUUUUCUAGGAACUAGUUUUUGUACUUUUUUUUCCCACGAUAAUGGCGACUACUGAGUCUCCGUGUAAGUUCGGUCGUCAUAGUAAGAGAAACAGCAGCAGUGAGGCUCUGAAAAGAUCACACGACAAUGUACAAAAUGUAAAUAAAAAAUUAAACAAUCAAGUACCUACCUAUGGUAGUGUUAUUAUCAAUAAUAUUAUCUAAGUACUUAUAGAAAAUGUGUCUGAUUUCUGGCUUUUGGAACGGAAAACAAAUUACCUAUAUCAACAAUUUGUUUUCAAAGUUUCAAAAGUUUCAACUUAAACAAUUUUAAAUGGAUACUCUGUCUCUAAAGACUUAAAAUUAAAAUAAUUUUACAAAUUAAAGACUAAGAUUUUGUAUUUUUCCAUUGAAGAAUUUGUUUGAUAUUUAAUUCCUAGUCAAUUUAUUUGUACAUUCAAAUUUAAAAAGAAAUUUAGGAAAAUUUAAAUCACUUUUUAGCACUAAACCAAUUUUCAACACAUGCUUGUUUGAUUAUAAAUAAGAUGUUUGAGUUAAGGCUAUUAAUUUUACUUAUACAAUUUAAUUAAAAGGCUUGUAAAUUGAUCAAUAUUAUAGAUCAUUGUAUACAAAUAUUCAUUUCAGUUAAGAUUGUAAAACAAAUAAUUUGAAAUUCUACUACAAUGAGAAAUUUAAGGAUCUUUCCGAUAGUUUAGUAUAUUUGUUUAUGAAUCUGUCUAGUAAAUGUUGUUAUGUUGUUCGGUUAAAUUAUUUAAAGCAAUGUUUUAAUACCUAGUUUUUAAAUAGUUUAAAGUCUAUUAGAGUUAGAGUACCAUAGAAAUAUUAAAAACACACAUUUGUUUGAUUGAAUCCAGAUCUACAAAUGUUUCAAUAAUGUUUAGUAAUCACAGAAAUAUUUGGUAAUCGAACAGAAAAUGUUUGUUAAUUUUUUAGGAAACCUUGAUAAUUGUUGGGAAUAUCAUAGUAUUCUGGAAUCUAGUGUACUUACACAAUAUGAUUAAAAGUGAUACUAUUUGCUAAUUACCUUUUUUUAUGAAGUUAAACAAUUAAGCAUUUAUCAUCUUUAUCUAUCUCACAGGCAAUACAGAGUGAUUCUUUUUUAUAAACCAGCAAUUGGAAGAUUUUAAGCAAAUUUUAUUUCUGUUUAUUUUUAAUCAUUGUCGAAUCGUUUAACCUUUAUUUUAAAACUAUUUUCAAUUUUUUACCCCUAUUCCAUAUACCUUAUUUAAGUACAUACUUUUUAAUUUUCAAAUAGGAAUGCGCCCUUUUUAAACACAGAUUUGAAUAGAUAAUAUUUUUUUGGAAAUGUUGGUAUGCAUAACACUUAUAUCAGAUUAUAAUACUGUUUAUGAGUUCUAAUUGGUUAAAGUUUAGACUGUAGGAGAGAGAAAGGUAAUAAUUGCAUAUCUAUUUUUGAAUGAAUUCAUAACUGUUCCCUACUCCUUCGAUCUAAACUUUAAACUAUUAUAAUUUAUUAGUUGUAAAUUUGAUACGAGUGUUAUGCAUAUCAAAAUAUCUAGAAAAAUAUUCUCUGUGUUCUAAGGGGAGGGGGGUUCCUAUUUGAAAAACAGAAGUAUAUAAUUAUAAUUUAAGGUGCAUAAAAUAGGGAUGGAAAUUAAAAAUGGUUUAAAAUAAAGUUUUAUCAAUUCCAUAAUGAACAAAAAAACAGAAAUCAAAUUCACUAAAAAUCCUAUGAAAAAAUUGCUGGUUUGUGAUAAAAAAAAAUCACAGUGUAUACAAUAUGUGUACUAUAUUAAUUUCAAUAGUACUUGAGCCUCAUUAGUGUUAUAACCUUGAUAUUUAAUUUUCAAAUGGAAAUAAAAUCUAUUAAAAUGUUUUCAAAUAACUAAUUCUAUAGAUAUUUAGUAAAACUGCUCAUAUUUAUUUUGCCACCAGUAUCAAGUUUAUGCUACUAAUAACAUCUGAUUACUAUUAAAAGUAUGUAAACAUAUUUUUGUUGUACUGCUUAUUAAGUAAUAGACAUACCUGAUAGAUUCAUAUUUGACAUUCACUUUACAUACUAUUGGCAUACUUUAUAAUCUUAAACCUGUUUUAUUUAUCAGUUAUCAUAGACUAUAGUACUAUUAAUUGAUUAUUCAAAAUUUUAAUACUUCUUAUUAUGUUUCAUUAUUUGUUGGCAAAUUAAUUAGUAGGUAUAAUAUAUUUCCACUCAAACAUUUAGUAAAUAGUAAGUAAUAUAACUCAAUUAUAACAAAUAAAUAAAUAUUUAACUAAUGUCCACUUUUUUUUCUUUACUGAUGAAAAUAUUAAACUUUUAACGAGUUGUUUUUCUUUUCUUUUAUAUUAUAGUAGUAGUUAAUCUUAUCUCAAGUACUAUUUACAAUAUUACAUUCUUUAGUAAUACGUUUAAGUAAAAAUAUUUCAAUGAAUUCAGAGGUUUAAACUAAUUCAAGUAAAACAUUUAUAUCUAUAGGAUCUAUUUAUUUUUUUAUGUUUUCAGUUUAAUAUUAAUUGUUAACUUGUUUUAAAGGUUCAAUAUCCAAGUAGUAUUGGUUAGCUGUUUUAUGAGUUUUUAUUUUUACAAUUUACAUUUCUAAUUCAAUUUAUUAAGGAUUAUAUUUUUAUUCAUUUUAUUUAGUAUAUUUAUUAAUAAUAUAUUAUACGCAAUAACUAUAAAUUGGUGCUUAUUAUUAGCUAUGUUUAAAAUAAUUAUUAAGCUGUAUUUAAAACUAAUUUAUGUAUUAUAAAAAUGUGUUUUAUAUAAAUAAAAAUAAUAUUUAAGAUAUUUUAACAUUUGUAUAUAUUUUAUUAAUUUUUGACAUUUGUUUGUUUUUACUAGUUUCUAGUGUUUCUACACAAGUAUCAUGGGCGGAAAAUUUAAAUUUGCUAUAGAUCGAGGAGGUACGUUCACAGAUAUUUAUGCUAGAUGUCCAAAUGGAGAAGUUAGAGUAAUGAAACUUUUGUCUGUUGAUCCAACUAAUUAUUCAGAUGCGCCACGUGAAGGCAUACGGCGUAUAUUAGAAUCUGUAAAAAUAAUAAUAAUACUAAUAAUAAAAAAAUUUAAAUUUCUAAAAAUAGUGCAUACAUUUGUCUAGGAAACUGGGAAAAGUAUGCCACAAAAUGAGCCAAUUGAUAGCAGUUACAUAGAAUGGAUUCGAAUGGGAACAACUGUAGCAACAAAUGCUCUUCUAGAACGUCAAGGUGAACGUAUGGCUCUAUUGAUUACUCGCGGUUUCAAAGAUUUGUUGCAUAUUGGCAACCAAGCUCGUCCAAAAAUAUUUGAUUUGGUAUAUAUUUUAAAAAUUCAAAUAAAAAUAUUUUAUUAAUGUAUAGAUAAUAAUUUGUGCAGGAAAUUGUUACACCAGAUGUUCUUUAUGAAGAAGUUUUAGAAGUAGACUGUCGCGUAAUCAAUUUUAAAUGUGAAAAAUGUGAUAAUUUAAAAUCUAUUUGGAAUAAUAAACUAACUGUAAAAGGUGUUACUGGUGAAGAUAUUCAAAUUUUAAAAGAAAUUGAUGAAGCUGCAUUAAAAAGUGACUUAAUUGUAUUAAAAGCCAAAGGAAUUAAUAGUAUCGCUGUGGCUCUAAUGCAUUCUUACACGUAAAUAUAAUUUAAAAAAUUUGUAAUUUUGAUUUAAAAAUUACAUUUGAUUAUUAUAUUAUACUUGGUGCAAAUAAUUAAUAAUUAUAUUUAUGUUUAGUUAUGUUGAACAUGAGCUUACUGUUGGAAGAAUUGCUAAAGAAGUAGGUUUUGGACAUAUUUCUUUGUCACAUGAAGUUAUGCCUAUGAUCAAAAUUGUGCCCCGUGGAUUUACAGCUUGUGCAGAUGCUUAUUUAACUCCUCAUAUUAAAAAAUAUGUUGAAGUAAAAUUUGAAUAUAUUUCAUAUUUGUACAUAAAUAAUUUUACUAUGGUCUUAAUUUAGGGAUUUGCAUCAGGAUUUAAAAAUAAUUUAAAGGAUGUUAACAUAUUAUUUAUGCAAAGUGAUGGUGGAUUAACACCAAUGAACAGGUACAGACAUAUUUUAGUUGAAUUUGUUUUUCUGUUUUAUACGUAUGCACAGUGUAUAAUAUUAUAAAUAAUUUAUCUCAAAAUCAAUUGUGAACAAAGAAAAACCAGUAGUUUUUCUAUGAUAUGCCCCUGAACAACUUUUCUUCCAGAAAUCUUAUACCAAUCAUCAGUUUUGUGGUGUAAUGGUUAUAAUAAAAGUUCAAGGGGGGGGCGAAUUCAUCUACCCCUUCAAAAAUAAAUUUCCAAAUAAUCUAAAAACCCAUUUUUUUUUUACAUUCUGAGCGAAGAAUCAUUUUCCUUGCAAACCCUGACAAAACUUGAGUAACCCAGAAUAUUUAUAUUAUAGGUAACAUUUUCGAUAAUUUUGGUUUUGUUUUGAUUCACUGCCAAAUAGUAGCUUAAAAUAAUUUCUCAAAAAUUGUAUACAAGAUUCAUCACAGUGGUAUUUUUAAUCUUUUUUUUUUUUUAGUUUUAAUGGUUCAAGAGCUAUUUUAUCUGGUCCAGCAGGUGGUGUAGUUGGUUAUACAGCUACCACUCCUUACAAACCUGUAAUAGGUUUUGACAUGGGUGGUACAUCGACUGAUGUUAGUCGUUAUGAUGGAUCAUUUGAACAUGUUUUUGAAUCAGUCACUGCCGGUGUUACAAUCCAAGCGCCUCAAGUAAAUACAAAAUUAACAUUUAUAUUUCUGAUUAUCUAUUAAAAAAAAAAAAAUGUUUCUUUAGUUAGAUAUUAAUACUGUAGCCGCUGGUGGUGGAAGCCGAUUGUUCUUCAGAUCUGGUUUAUUUGUAGUUGGACCAGAGAGUGCUGGAGCUCAUCCAGGACCAACUUGUUACAGAAAAGGUGGUCCAUUAACUGUUACUGAUGCUAAUCUAAUUCUUGGCAGACUACUACCCGAUUAUUUCCCAUCAAUAUUUGGCCCAACUGAAGAUAUGCCAUUAAAUAAAGAAUCAGCCUUAAAAGAAUUUAAAGCUCUAACUAUUGAAGUAUAUACAAUUAUUAUUUAUCUAUAAUUAUUUUAAAAAUUUUUCACAAUGUUUUUUUUUUUUUGAUAUAGGUGAACAAUUUUUUAAAACAACAAUCUGAGAAUUCAAAUCUAAUGACUGUUGAAGAAGUCGCAAUGGGAUUUAUACGAGUUGCUAAUGAAUCAAUGUGUCGCCCAAUAAGAGCUUUAACUCAGGUAAAUUAUAAUCAGUCUUCACAUUCUAGACAUUUAUUUUUUGUGGUUUUGCUUGCACAUAAUUGUAGUCCCCUCCCCUCUAUACAUUUGUAUUUAAAGUAACUAACUAAAAUGUAAUAUUUAUUUUUAAAUAGGCAAGAGGAUAUGAUACAAGACAGCACACAUUAGCUUGUUUUGGAGGUGCUGGCGGACAACAUGCUUGCGCAAUUGCAUGUUCUUUAGGAAUUAGUCGAGUUGUUGUGCAUAAAUAUGCUGGCAUUCUAUCUGCUUAUGGUAUGGCCUGUGCUGAUGUAGUUCAUGAAGUCCAAGAGCCUUGUGCUUUAACUUAUGAUAUUGGUAAGUAGUUGAUUCACGUAGACAUAAGUAUUUAAGACUUAAUAUUAAUUAUUUGUUUUAUUUUAAAUUAGAGAAUUUCGCGUAUUUAAAUGAGAGAAUCAGUGAGUUAAGCUCUAAAUGUUUUAACGAACUUAAAACACAAGGAUUCUUGGAUAAUCAAUUACACACUGAACCAUUUCUUCAUUUACGUUAUGAUGGAACUGAUUGUGCUAUUAUGUGUUCUGCCAGCAAUGAUUGUGUAGGUGAACCUAGCACUAUUCAUGGAGAUUUCUUGAGCGGGUUCCUUGCAAAGUAAAUACUUUUAUAAUAAUUAAUAGUUAUCCAUUAGAUUAUUCAGCAUUAAAAUGUUCAAAUGUUAUAUUAAAAUAAUACAGAUAUCAAAACGAAUUUGGAUUUAUACUAUCAGGGCGUAAAAUAUAUGUAGAUGAUAUACGUGUACGAGGUAUAGGUAAAACACUAUUAAAUAUUGACAAUGAAGGAAUUGAAAGUUUUGGAACUCCACAAAUCGAAACGGUAGUUGUUUUGAUAUUUGAAAUAUAAAUAUUUCAAUAAAUUCCAUAAAAUUUGUCUUAUGUUUUAGGUAAAAAAAGUGUAUUUUGAAAAUUUGGGCUAUAUAGAUUGUAAUAUUUACUUAUUUAGUAAGUUACAUAAAGGUCAUAUUAUUAAUGGUCCAGCAGUUAUAAUGGAUAAAUUAAGUACAAUAUUAGUUGAACCCAAAUGUACAGCUGCAAUUAGUAAAUCUGGUGAUAUUGGUUAGUAUCUUUUAUUAUUAUAAUUGUGCUUUAUAUUUGUUACUAAUUAUAUGGAUAAUAUUUUAUAGUACAAGUAUUAAAGAUAAAACCUGGGAUUAUUAAUUUACUACUGGUUUUAGUACAAAUAAAACAUAAAAUACUUAAUUUUAUUACAAAUUUUACCUAUAAUUUUAUAUAUGAUUCCUUAAUAUAGUAUCAAAUGCCAAAUUACUAAUUGAAAAAAUGUUUCCUGAGAAAACAAAAAUGCAUUUAAAAAAAAUUAAUAGUAAAACUAAUAACCUCUUCAAUAGGAUGGUCUUUAUUUUUAAAUACUUAAAUUUUUGAUUGGAGUGAAAACUCGUGGCUUCAAUCAGAAGUUUAAAUUGAAAUCCCCAUGCAUUUUAUGAACAGCUCUGCUACCUAAACUAGUUUAGGCAUUUUUAUAAAUGUUUAUUGAAGAAUAAAAAUUGUAUAUACUGCCCUCACAAGCAAAAACUCUGCUAGUCACAAUAGAACAUUUUUUGAGAAAAACAGGUUUUUAUAUUUUUGCACUUUCUAAACUUCAUAAUAACAUCAUAAAACCAUCAUGAUGGUUAUCAUACUUCUACCAUUUUACUUAUCAAAGUACGAUAUGGAUUUUGAUAUGCAAUUUGAUAAAUGUAAUGAAGUAUUCAUAACUAUGAAAGAAUAUAUUUUAAAGUACUUAUCUAACAUUUUUUAUUAUAAAUAUAUUUAUAAUUUAUAAAUUGCCAUAAAUUAUUAUUUUUAUUGUUAUCUUUAUCAAUACAUACAGUAUAUUUAUUAUCUAGUAAAAAUGCUUUUUUUCAACCAUUUACAGCAUUCUGUCAAAACUAAUAUUGCUAAUAGUCAAACAAUAAUUUCAAAUAUACAAUAUAUUGAUCUAAAAGAUCAAAAUUUUACGAUUUUUUGAUGUGUAACUCAUUUUUAAAUUUAUUUCAACUUAAGGUGUUUUUGCAUAAGAGGGCAGUAUUGUUCUUAGGUAAUAUUCAUAUUACUGGUAACUGAUUAUGCAUUAAUAUCAAUACAUACUUUUAGAAAUUGAAGUAAACUGUGAUCAGCUAAGUAACAUUAGUAUUGACCUGGAACCAAUACAAUUGAGUAUUUUUUCUCAUAGAUUCAUGAGUAUUGCUGAACAAAUGGGAAGGUAAAAAUGUUAUUUAUUUUUUAUAUAACAAACCUUGUAUUAUUCAUAAACUUGUUUCCUAUUUUAGAAUACUUCAGAGAACUUCAAUAUCAACUAAUAUCAAAGAACGCUUAGAUUUUUCUUGUGCAUUGUUUGGACCAGAUGGCGGAUUGGUGUCUAAUGCACCUCAUAUUCCUGUACAUUUAGGAGCCAUGCAAGAAGCGGUUCAGUAUCAAGUAAUAAUGUUUAUUAAUUUAUUUAUUAAUUGUUCAAAGUAGAACUAAUCUUCAAAUAUACAUUAUAAUACUAGAUUAGAACAGUUGGUAAUGAGAUCAAAGAAGGGGAUGUGAUUCUUAGCAAUCAUCCAAUAGCAGGUGGUUCUCAUUUGCCAGAUUUGACAGUUAUAACACCAGUGUUUUAUCCGUGUGUACUUUAAAAAAAAAAAAUAUAUUGUUAUUUCAUUAUUUUAUAAUUUUUGUUUUUACUUUCUUUAGUGGCCAAUUAAAACCAGUUUUUUAUGCUGCGAGUCGAGGGCAUCAUGCAGACAUUGGAGGUGUGACACCAGGAUCAAUGCCACCACAUUCUAAAUCACUAUUAGAAGAAGGAGCCCAGUUCAAAAGUUUCUUUUUGGUUCGUGGUGGACACUUCUGUGAAGAAGAAGUCACUGAUGCACUUAUGGCUCCGGCUUCCUUACCUGGGUCAUCUGGUACUAGGAAUUUAAAGGAUAAUUUAUCAGACUUAAAAGCACAAAUUGCAGCUAAUCAAAAAGUAUUUUGAAUGUAUAUAAAAAAAAAGGUUAUCUAAUAUGUUUAACUGUGUAUUUUAUCAAGGGUAUUUAUUUGGUAACUGAACUCAUAAAUUCGUAUGGAUUAGAUGUUGUUCAAGCAUAUAUGGAACACAUACAAAAAAAUGCUGAACUUGCAGUUAGAGAUAUGUUAAAAAACAUUGGUAACACUAAUUUAUUAGUUAGAGGAUUAAAUACAUUGCAAUCAAUUGAUUAUUUGGAUGACGGUUCUACUAUAAAACUUUCUAUUCAAAUAAAUGUUGAAAACGGAGAAGCUCUAUUCGAUUUUAGGUGAUUUAACUUUGAUUUAUUUUUAUGGUUUUUUUCUUUUAUUGAAACUUCUAACUAUCUAGUGGAACCAGUUAUGAAGUUUGGGGAAAUUGUAAUGCUCCUAAAGCUAUUACAUUAUCAGCUUUAAUAUAUUGCUUAAGAAGUAUGAUUGGCUAUGACAUACCAUUAAAUCAAGUACAUAGUUUUAAUUUUUCUUUAUCUUCAAAAAGCAUAAGUACAUAUUUUUUAUUAUUUUAUAGGGCUGUUUAAAACCAAUCAAAGUAAUAAUUCCUUCUGGAACUAUUCUCAAUCCGUCGGAGAAUGCUGCUGUAGUUGGAGGUAAUGUAUUAACUUCACAGCGUAUUGUAGACGUUGUGUUAAAAGCAUUUGAUGCUACUGCUGAUAGUCAAGGUUGCAUGAACAACAUUACAUUUGGCCAAGAGGACUGGGGUUACUAUGAAACUGUAGCUGGUGGUGCAGGCGCUGUAUGUCUGAAAAUAAAAGUAUUUAAUUCUGACUAUUAUAUUUAUAAAAUAUUAUUUACAUUAGGGACCAACCUGGAAUGGUCGUAGUGGAGUUCACACUCAUAUGACAAAUACUCGUAUAACAGAUCCAGAAAUAUUAGAAAAGCGUUAUCCUGUGUUCUUAACUUCAUUUACAUUACGCGAAAAUUCUGGCGGUAAUGGGCAAUUUUGUGGAGGCGACGGAGUUGUGAGAGAAUUACAAUUUAGAUCACCAGUAACUUUAUCAAUACUGACGGAAAGACGAUCUUUUGCCCCUAAUGGAAUCAAAGGUAUAUAUUAUUGUGCACUUAUAAAUAAUAUAAAUAUUGAUAAAAAAAAUAAAAAUCCUUAAUGAAAAUAAUAAAACUAACAAUUGCAAUUACAAACGUGUUAUACAAAAUGCUUGUAAUUUUUAUUACAUAAUAUAAUUGUUAAAAUAACAUAUAUAUAAAUAUAGAAUAAAUUAAAUAUAAUAUUUAAUUUUUUAUGAUUUUAAAAAAAUAUAUCAUUUUUAAAUUCGGAAUAUAGUUAGAAAAAUGUAUUGAUUUUACUAUGAUGUGUUUUUCAUCUAUAAACAACUUUUCUAUAAUAAAUAAUAAUAAUAAUUCUUUAUUUUUGUAAUCAAUAAAGACAAAAUAAGAAAAGGCAUAAGGAUGGAAAUAAAAUUUAAAUUAUUUAAAAUAUUUAGAAAAGUUACAUAGUAAUAUACAUUCAAGAAUAAUUAUUAUUAAGAAUAAUAGAAAUAAUAAGAAAAUACAUGUAUGUGUAUGUUAAUAAUAAACUACAAAGUUUGUACAUUUUAACUAAUAUUACAUUAAACAAUAAUCUAUUUAUAUAUAUAUAUAUAUAUUUUUAAAACUGAAAACUUAGUUGAAUACAGUCAUCAAUUCCAACAUUUAAAGGGUUUAUUUUUCAAAUGUGGUAUUGCAUUUAUACUUGAUUAUAUUAACAUUAUUAUUUAUUACCUUGUGUCUCGUAAUAUAGUUAUGAGAACAUAUAUUAAGCAUAUAUUUAUAAUGAUAGAAAAGAAGUAAGAGAUGUUUUUUUUUUAAAAUUAGAUCUAAUUCUUAAAUUUUAAGAGUACUAUAAAUACUACAAUUAUUAGAUACAAACUUGUAUGAAAUAUAAGCUAUUAAUUUCACUAAUAUGUUUUUUAAAAUAUUAAUGUGGCUAUUAUACCAGGUAUCUUGUUCUAAUCAUCAAAAUCAGGAACAAGAUUUCUAAUUAGAUAUUUUUUUUAGUUGGUGUAUUGGCAAGGUCCUUUUUAAUAUUCCCAGAAAAACUGGGAAAAUUUUUGGUUUUUGGUAUUUUAAAAUUUAUAUUAUUUAUCAUUAAAAACUAAAAGAUAUUUUUCAUUUAAAUGAAAUACUAUUUAUUUUAGGAGGCGAGAAUGGCCAAAAAGGUGAAAAUGUAUUAAUCAAGAGUGAUGGCAGAAAAAUUAGACUCGGUGCUAAAACUGCAGUUGAUAUCAGUCCUGGUGUAAGUAAUGUAUACAAUAUUAUAAAAAAUAAUGUUUUUGUUUUAUUUAUUUGUUUGCACACAACUUGAGUCCAAAAAUCUUUCUCCAAUUAAAAAUUUAAGUAAUUUUGACAUUAGAAAAAUAAUUAAUUUUGUAUACAUUUGUAGGAUACAUUUUUGUUAUUGACUCCUGGUGGUGGUGGAUACGGGUCAUUGUCUAAUGGUGAAAAUACUGUGAAUACUACAAAAAAAUGUAUUAGUGCCUCAACUAUUGAACGAGGAUCGGUUUAUAAUUACCGUAUGCUUCAAGAAUCUGUUUAAAAAUGCUUACAUUGUUACAUGCUUAAUCUGUUUACAAAUAAUUAUUUUUCUGUUAUAUAUUAAUAUAUUUUAUUUAUUUAUAAUCCAUACGGAUAAUGUUCAAUUUGCAAUAUAGUAAUAAUAAUUACAGUAGUAACAUAAUAAUACUUAAACAUUUAAUAAACUUCCCUAUUAAUACGAAUUUGAAUAAACAAUAUGGUAUAAAUUAUAAAUUGCAUAGGAA